AGGAAGCAAUCGUAAAGCUCAGUAGCCAUUGUGUUAAUUUAUUUUCAGCUUUUUAAAAAACUCUCUGUGUCAGUACUAAAAGCAGGUAUUUACUGAGGCUUACUGCAUUCAGAGCAGUAGAAGAGUACUCGCUAGAUCUGUCAGUGUCACUGCAAUUGCAAAAUAAGACAAACCGGUCGUCUUCAACUCGCACCUUAAUUGUUUCUAGUCUUGCAUCAACUGAGUAGGGUCAUAUCGUUCGCUGGAGAAAACAACAAACAAAUUAAAAGUCGCCGGAAAAUAAAAUAAUAACUUGCACAAUGUCGAUAUUGAAUAUGACACUGGUGGUUAAUAUGUAUGUGUUCUGUCUCCUGGCGUCUUUCAGCCAAGCUGCAACAACAGUAUUGCCUCUGGUCAUUAACACUUGGCCCUUUCGGAACGCUACUGAAAAAGCAUGGGACACCUUGCAGUCAGGGGCGUCUGUGCUAGAUGCUGUAGAAAAGGGAUGUGCGCUUUGUGAGACAGAGCAAUGUGACGGCAGUGUUGGAUAUGGAGGGAGCCCUGAUGAGAGAGGAGAAACCACUUUGGAUGCUAUGGUCAUGAAUGGCGAUACUAUGCAAGUUGGAGCUGUAGCAGACCUUAGACGAAUCAAGAAUGCCAUUGGUGUGGCACGGGCUGUAAUGGAGCAUACCAGGCAUACAUUUUUAGUAGGAGAAUCAGCAUCCAUUUUUGCUGAAAAUAUGGGGUUUGUUGCUGAAGAUUUGACGACAAACACCUCACUUGCGAUGCAUACAAAGUGGCUAAAUGAAAGAUGCCAGCCAAAUUUCUGGGAGGGUGUUUCACCUGACCCUUCAAAAUCAUGUGGUCCAUACAAACCUACGAGUGUGCAACAAAGAUGGCGAAAGCAAAUUAUUAAUAUUCAUAAUCAUGACACUAUUGGAAUGAUUGUGAUCAAUAAGACAGGGCAUGUCGCUGCUGGAACAUCAACUAAUGGAGCAAAACAUAAGAUUCCUGGCCGUGUAGGAGAUUCACCAAUCGCUGGAGCAGGGGCCUAUGCUGACAGCACAGUUGGAGGUGCAGCUGCUACUGGGGAUGGGGAUGUUAUGAUGCGAUUCCUUCCAAGUUACCAAGCUGUGGAGUACAUGAGAGAAGGAAUAGACCCGACCACAGCAUGCAGGAAAGUUAUCGACAGAAUUAAGAAGUAUUAUCCUGGUUUCUUUGGUGCAGUAAUCUGUGCAAAUACAACUGGUGGUUAUGGUGCUGCAUGUAACAGAGUUUCAGGAUUUGACCAGUUUCACUUCAUGGUUUACAACUCGGCAGUUAAUAAGCCACUUCAGUUGGUGGUGGAUUGUAUUUAACAUUUACUUCAUAGUAAAAAAAAAAAAGAGAAAUCAUCCUGCACUUUUUAAAUAUUAUGAGUCUGAUCCAAACGCCAGCCAGCUAGUACCAUUUGUUUGUUUGGUACUGAAACUUGAGGUGAUUAUUCAACACAAAUUGUCUGUUGCAUCCCACUAAUAAUCAAACCUUUUCAGGUUUAAACUUAAAAUAUACCUUUAAUGAUUAAUAGUUUAUUGAAUUAAUAAUGUGGCCACAAGGCAUUUGUAGAGAUUGUUUUAAGAGUAAGGUGUAGCCACUGAAUCUGUCUAUUUUGCCAAAUAAUGUAAAUGUGGAUGCUGAAAACAGUUUUUUUCUAUAAUAAAGUAGAAAAAAAAAUCUGUAUAUAUUUUGGCUUUUUUUUCUUUUUUUUAAAUAGAACAUUGCAUAUACAGUACAUCAGUGGUUCUCAAUCUGUGGUCCGCCGUCUCCCUUCAUGUUGUCUGUGGAAAGGUUAUAUAAUUACAGAAAGGAAGUGGCAGCAUAGUUUAUAGAUCCUAUUGCAAACCCAAAAUUUGAGAACUUAAAAACUCAGCUACAGAAGCAGGGACUAAAAAGCAUACAUGGAGAAUAUCUCCAAGUUAAAAGAAAAGGUCUAAACUCAGUCAUAUAUAAUUUUGGAGCGUCUUAAAUGUAUUCUUUACUAGGGAGUUUUCCUGUAUUGCGCUCACGUGCACUCAACACAGCAUCUUGUAAAGUAAGGGAUAACACACGACAGGGUGUGCGUUGUGUUGCAUUAACAUAUUGCUGUAGUUGGAUUGGAGGUACAAAACUAAGCAACAUAGUGCACAAGCUCUGCAGUGUUAUCCCGCGUAUAAAAUGGAUUCAAUAAAAAAAAUAUAAAAAAAAAAAAAAAAAAAAAAACUUUGCUUCGGAGACAAAACCCUCAAAGACGGUUAUAUUUGGGUUGUUAAACUGCAGGUUUUCAAAGUUUCCAUUUAUUGUAAUUAAUUAAAAUGAAUGAAGUCUCCAUGAUAGUCUCAGUCGCUCCUUAAACAGAGCUGACAUAACCCGCAAUGUUAGCCUUGUUAGUGACCAGGCAUUUAAAAAUGCCAAUCAUGUAUUUUUUGUUAAUAAUGAAAAGAUACAGAAAAGGAGGCAAAGGCAAAAUUCACUGUCCAUGCAUUACUACCACUGACCUGGAGAAGCUAAUACAAAAAUACAUUAUUGCCAUUUUUUUUUUAUUCUUGGUGACUAAUACCUCAUUUCCAUGGACAGCCAACUCGAGUAUGCUCGAAUUGGUCUGAAUUCUCCCAGAACUCAGGUUGGUGAAAUAGGAGGUGUUAUCAUGCUUUUCUGAGUUACCGAAGUUAUCAUGAGUUGGGUAGAAAAUACUUGCGAGUUAAAGGCCAAGACGUGCAUUCACUGCAGACAGUAUUAGUCAAAUUGUAACCAAAAUGCCUUGUUAUACUUACGUUCUCACCCCCUACACAUUUAAUGAUGCAAUUUCCUCCCAGCCCGAAUUCAGACCUUAGAAUUCAGGCCCAGCCGAGGAGUGAAAUCUGCCCGAAUUGGGAGCCAACUUGAGUAAUUUAAAAACAUGGAAAUGGAGCUCACGGUGGGGGGUGGGGGGAGCUGUUUAUGGAGCGAUUGAGACCAGCACAUAACACAAUUGAGUACUCUUGACCAGCUGAAUUACGCACUGAAGCACAAAUUAUCGUAACGGACUAUUUAGAACUUCAAGACAAACUGUUUUUAAGUCUGUUACUAUUUCUUUAUGUUUCAUCAAAUCAAUAAAAACAUCGGCUACCGAAGCAUUUGUUUUCUUCGAUUUCAUGAAGUUUUUGACUUGUUAAAUUUCUGUGUUGCUUGCUUUUUAAUUUUUUUUCUUGUAAUUGUAUGCACUUGUACACCGUUAUGCCUCUGAAAAGAUAAACUGUGACGAAAGGAGUGUCACUAAUUUUUUAAAACUUUAAAAGACUUCUCACAGCAGUGUGUAUAUUUAUUGCGAGUUUAAUAUGUUGUGUAUUGAUGAUUUAUGAAUUGAACUGUGCUUCGGCAAAAAUAAGUGCAUUGUACAGUACUAUAUAACUGCACGGUAAAAAAAAUCUAGAAAAGUAAACUAGAACCAUUCUUUAAAACUCCAAUUUUAAAACAGCUUUGCUGACAGAAACAGACCUACCCAUUGCACUGAAACAAAUAAAGGUAAGUACGGUUAUUCUUAGUAUUAUAGUGUUUUUUUUUUUUUUUGUUUGUUUUUUGUUUGUUUUUUUAUGUGCAUAUUAAAACAGUGGG